CGCACCCUCAGUUCUCACAAUUUUGGGUGGAAAAAGUGUGCAUUGAUCCCUCCAUAGCAAUUUUUUGCCAGUUAGCCGUUGUAGGUUCUAUGAUUUCAGAAAGAAAGGUCUAUGUCGAUAUUUUAGAGCAACAAAGCCUACUUAAGUGUCAAGCUUCAAGUGCUACUUGGGGUUGUUGUACAGAAAAUGCAAAGUUUUCGUUUUUUAGUAAUAUCCUUCGCCAAACCGUUUUCCUUUGCGCGAAACACUUGACUUGGAUUUUGGAAGAGCCAGAACAACAAUUUUCGGGUGAACUUCUUAAAGAUUAUGAAACUAUAGGGAAGAAGAAGGCUGCAAUUCUUGAGAGGGACCCCAAGGAUUCCAAUAGACCUUGUAUGGCAGUACACGCUGCUGGGAGGAGAAGAGGCAGAGUGUGUGGUCACUUGAACACUUUUUGUUUCUACAGCUUUUUAUUUAACAACUAUAUAUAUUUAUGCAGGAGACACUUUCUGUGGAUAGAUGGGCAGAUAGCACAUGAAGUAUCCUUUGUCAAACUGCUGAGCGAAGAAAGACAAGACGAAGAAAGCACCAAUGGCAGUUUAAACUUUGCAGCAAAUGUAUCCCAACACAUUGCCUUAUUGCCAACUGCAGAUAUUUUGUUGAAUACUUCCCCAGUCACACCAACGAGAACGAAGGAAAUUGAUUCGAAUGGGACUGCAGAUAUUCCAGACUUUCAUUCUUUCUCGGCUAACUGUGACCCUUGUAUUCAUGUAAGAGACAUAACAAAGUGUGAUACAGGAUUACAGAGAAAGAUGAAAUGUGCUGAAGCCGUUAGAAAUUGUAGCGAAGAGAGAAGUAUUUCUGAUAUGGGAGGAAAUGUGGAAGAAAAGACAGCUAUUGAAGACUUGAAACAUGCAAAGUCUGAUAGUGCAUUUGGAGAAUUUUUCCGCAUGGAUAAGGAAUUUCCAUUACGAUACAAGAGCGACACGAAUCUGACUAUGGGAAAUGAUGUAGAGCAGAACUUCUCAAAUGACAAAUUUUCGGAAGAUAAGAUUUUUGAAGAACACUCUUGUCCUGUUUCCAUGAUUCAACAAUUAUCUUUUGCUGACAAAACUCGAGAUGAAGUUAGCCCAAGCCAGUUACAUAGUACCUUAAAAAGUCAUGUUCGUGGCAAGUUGAAAUCUCUGCAGUUGAAAUCCGAAAAUAUUUCUCGUUUGUUACUCCACAGAGGUAGACCUCGAAGUCCUACUAUUGAUGAACACAGUACAAGUAGCUUGCCAACACGUUUUUAUAAAAGUAACGAUGAACGCUCAAUCAAGGAACCAAAUAUAGUCUCUUAUCCAGUCUCAUCGGAGAUAAAGAGAGUCGCUGAACAGGAAAGUUUGGACAAGACUAUCUUGGAACAGUCAGAAGAGUCUUCUGCAGUGUCCGAGAAGGAAGAUCCUUCUUCAUUAAAUGUAGCUGCACGAACUGUUUUGGAUCCUCAUUUAUCGGAAGCUGACAACGUUACGAGAACGGAACUAGAGGUACCCUAUUCGGUGAAUGGACACGAGGUUACUUUAACCACUCAAUUUUCGGAAACUAAAUUUUCGACCACUGAAGAAGGACACGACAAUAAUACGAUAGCUGUAUCUCCUACUGCAAUUCCGGUUAGUUUCACUAUGGAGAGAAAUCAGCACAAUGACGCUUGUUGCUGCACAAUAAGCUGAAUUUCAUUCUAUGAAUCUUAUUUGCACACGAAGUAUUCUUUGUCUUUGACUUUUGAAUAUUUACGUCUUGAUAUUUAUUUGCUGAAGCAGCAACAAGACUGAAAUAAAUGGAAUGAUUGACUAUUUUUAUGCGUCUU